AUGCAAAAAAGAAAAGUUCCUGAUGGGGUUUUUUGGAAUACUAACGGAAGUAAAAAAGGUUCGAAAAAAUAUGUGAACAAACACAAUAUUAAAUAUGGAGAAAGCGUAGCAUACCCAGAAUCUUGUACACCAACAACAUUCUGUCUUUGCUUUAUUAUCUUCAUUCAUAUAAUUUUACUUCUAUUAAUGUAUGCACAUACGGACUAA